AAGUCCGCCGCCCGGAGCCACGCCGCCGCGCGCUCCCUCCCGCCUCCCUCUUCUCCGGGACUGGAUUGGGGCCGAGGAGGAGCUUGCCCUUGUCGCCCGGAAGCUCCCGCUCGAACGGGCUCGCCCUCCCUCCUCUCCUCCGCUCAACCAAACACAACCUUCAUCUCCCCGGCAAGAGCUUCACGAGAUGCCCGCCGCGGUGAUGCGCUGCCCCCUCCUCCUCGGGCGGCACCCAGCGGCCGCGCUCCGACACUCCUUCUCCUCCUCCCGCACGCGUCGUGUGCGCAGAGCCGCGGGGGGUGGGAGCCAGGGGCGGCCACCGGCGUAUGGUGGGCUGCUGCUCGACGCCGGUGGCACGCUGCUGCAGUUGGCGCAGCCGGUUGCCGAGACGUACGCCACCCUCGGCCGUCCAUAUGGUGUGAUGAAGUCCGAAAAGUACAUCAUGGAGGGAUUCAAGCGGGCUUUCUCGGCGCCAUGGCCCAAGACACUCAGGUACCAGGGUGAUGGGCGACCGUUCUGGAAGAUUGUCGUGGCGGAAGCAACUGACUGCACAAACAAUAAUUAUUUCGAAGAAGUAUAUCAGUACUAUGCACAUGGAGAUGCAUGGCGUCUGCCUGAUGGAGCUUACAGAACACUGCGUGAUUUAAAAGAUGCUGGAGUUAAGCUAGCCGUUGUAUCUAACUUCGACACACGGCUAAGGAAGUUGCUCAAGGAUCUCAACGUCUCAGAUAUGUUUGAUGCCAUCGUGGUAUCAUCGGAGGUUGGAUAUGAGAAACCUGCUCCAGAGAUCUUCAAAAUAGCAUUAGAACAAAUUGGCGUGGAAGCCAGAAAUGCAGUACACGUAGGAGAUGAUGAAACUGCAGACAAGGCGGGUGCUAACGCUAUUGGACUCGAGUGCUGGCUGUGGGGAGAAGAUGUGAAGGAAUUUUCUGAGAUACAACACCGGAUCGUAGCAAAACGCUCAUGAUGAGCGAGCACAGGGCAUCGUCUCUGUUUGCCUGAUUCGUUCAUUUGAUUGCUAAGGGGCCCUAAUAACAGUUGCGUUUUGCCAAGUAAAUCUGUUUCUCCACACGGUCUGUUGACGUCCUUGUAAUAAGCGCCGAGAAGAAUGGUACUACUCGUGGUACAUGUGCAAAUACUUUUCGGCUUUCGGCCCUAAUGAUCAUCUUCAUCGCCGCCUUGGCGUGUGGUCGCGCAUAUAUUAGACUAAUUUGGA